CUAAUAAUAAUCAUUUCAAUUCCAAUAUUAGUCAAAAACUUGGACUGCUUUAUCGUACGCCCUCGUCGCCGCUUAUCCUGCGCAUAUUUCGCCGGUUUCUAGGCUGAGAUCUUCAACUAUCUCCUCGCCGCUCUCACUCUCUUAGCUACACUAUUUCUAUUCGAUUCCAGACUGAUCCGUAACUGUGGGCUUCGAUGUCAGUUGCUGUUUUACUCUGAUUGACGGAAAACUCAUUUGUUCCGAUUUAUUUGCCAAUUGAAAGUUUGUGCGUGUGUGUGGCGGAAACACUGAUGCCGGUGUUGUAAAGUUUUCAUGCACAGAUUGUAUGGAUGGAAUGGAGGUUCAAUUACUGGUUCAAGAUAAAAACUAUGGUGAAUAAGUAAAAGUAAUCAAUCGGAAAGAAUCAUGAGUUGUUUCAGCUGUUGUGAAGAAGAUGACUUCCAGAAGACUGCUGAAAGCGGAGGACAACAUCUGAUCAAAAACACAACAGGAAGUGAUGGAAACGGUCGUGCCUCUGAAACUGCAAAGCAGGGUACUCAAACUGUUAAAAUUCAGCCCAUUGAAGUUCCUGAAUUAUCGGUGGAUGAACUCAAAGAAAUUACAGAUAGUUUUGGAGAAAGUUCUUUGAUUGGAGAGGGAUCCUAUGGAAGAGUAUAUUAUGGUGUUCUGAGGAGUGGGCAGGCUGCGGCAAUCAAGAAAUUAGAUGCCAGUAAACAGCCUGAUGAGGAAUUUUUGGCCCAGGUUUCAAUGGUUUCAAGGCUGAAGAAUGAAAAUUUUGUUCAAUUGCUUGGUUAUUGCAUUGAUGGAAACUCCCGUGUUCUUGCUUAUGAGUUUGCAUCCAAUGGGUCUCUUCAUGAUAUUUUACAUGGCAGAAAAGGCGUUAAAGGAGCACAGCCUGGUCCUGUUCUAACAUGGACACAAAGAGUUAAAAUUGCUGUAGGGGCUGCUAAAGGGCUUGAGUACUUGCAUGAGAAAGCUGAUCCCCACAUUAUCCACAGGGACAUCAAGUCAAGCAAUGUACUAAUCUUUGAUGAUGAUGUGGCUAAAAUCGCAGAUUUUGAUUUGUCAAAUCAGGCUCCUGACAUGGCGGCACGUCUCCAUUCCACCCGUGUCCUUGGAACCUUUGGUUAUCAUGCACCAGAGUAUGCAAUGACUGGUCAAUUGAAUGCUAAGAGUGAUGUAUACAGCUUUGGCGUUGUCCUUCUGGAACUUUUGACUGGAAGGAAGCCUGUAGAUCAUACACUACCACGUGGGCAGCAGAGCCUGGUUACUUGGGCUACACCAAGACUCAGUGAGGAUAAAGUCAGACAGUGUGUAGAUGGAAGACUCGGAGGAGAAUACCCGCCCAAAGCUGUUGCUAAGAUGGCCGCUGUUGCUGCUCUGUGCGUGCAAUAUGAAGCUGAUUUCAGACCUAACAUGAGCAUUGUAGUGAAAGCUCUUCAACCUUUGUUGAACGCAAGACAUGGACCUGCUGGUGAAACUUCAAACUAAUCUGUGUCUAUAUUUCUGUCUAUCUGUAUCAAUGAGUAUGUGCUCAAGUGUGCACGCGAGAUAUAAGAAAGUGACUGCUUCAGAUGGAAAUUUGCUUGAACAUGUUUAUAUAUCUCAUUGUUUACCCUGCAUU